AAAAAAAAAAAGAUAAAUAAUAAUACUUUCCACAUUUAUAGAAUAAAAAUAUGAUUAGUUGAGCGGUAUAAUUGCAUGUUCGGAGAUCCGGAAAAUUGAAAAUUCCUCUCUACAUGUUAGUGUGGUUAAUUAGACAAUUGUCGCCAAAAGGAAACCAUUCAACUCCCAAGGCUAGCUGUUCCAUUUCAAGCAAUUCACAAUGGCAAAUGAUGGUGAUGAUCAGAAGCACAUGACCCGUGUUCUAUUUUGUGGUCCACACCUUCCUUCUUCUCAAAAUUAUACGAGAGAGUAUUUAAAGGACUAUCCAUUCGUCCAGGUUGAUGAUGUUCCACUUGAAGAUGUACCUGAUGUCAUUGGAAACUACCAAAUCUGUGUAGUGAAAAGCAUGAAGAUUGAUUCAAAUAUUAUCUCUCGUGCAAAAAAUAUGAAGCUGUUAAUGCAAUUUGGUGUCGGCGUGGAAGGAAUUGAUAUUGAUGCUGCGACGAAAAGUGGAAUCAAAGUGGGUAGAAUUCCUAGUGGUGCAACAGGAAAUGCUGCUUCAUGUGCAGAAAUGGCUAUAUAUUUGAUACUAGGCCUUCUACGAAAGCAAAAAGAGCUGGAAACUUCUGUAAAACAGAGAAUGCUUGGAGAGCCAAUUGGUGAAACACUGCUUGGAAAGACAGUGAUUAUUUUUUUAUUUUUAAUUCUUUGAUACUAAUUAUUUCCCAACACUGCAAUACUGCUGUAUGUCUUUUUACCCCUCAAGUAUUCCAUACCUAUAUUUUAAAGUAAUCUAUGCACAUUAUAAAGGUGCUCUAGAAAUUUAUUUUUGA